ACUGCGCUUAGGCUGAGCCGGCUGCUGGACCGGGCCGCCUGCGCUGCGCUCCCACGCCAGGUAUCCAGGCUGCGCUGCGCUCCCACGCCAGGUAUCCAGGCUGCGCUGCGCUCUGCACCGGGCCGGCUGCGCUGCGCUCCCACGCCAGGUAUCCAGGCUGCGCUGCGCUCUGCAGCGGGCCGGCUGCGGUCGGCUCCCACGCGCCAGCUACCCGCGCUGCGCUGCGCUCUGCACCGGGCACCAUGCGGCUGGCGGGGGCAGCCCUGAUGCUGUGCGCGGCGGCGUGGCUGGGCCCCCGGGCGGGCGGCUUCCCGGCCGGCAGUAAGGAGCGGAAGGUGCAGUUCGCCUCCUGGGACGAGGUGAACGUGAUCGCGCACGGGCUGCUGCAGCUGGGCCACGGGCUCAAGGAGCACGUGGAGAAGACCAAGGGGCAGCUGCGGGAUCUGGGCGGCCGGCUGAGCGCCCACAACGGCUCGCUGGGGCUGCUGCUGCGCCAGACCCGCCAGGCGCAGGAGCAGGGCGGGCAGCUGCUGGCCGCCGUGCGGGAGCUGCAGGGCAGGGACCAGCAUCUCUUUGGGCUCUCCGAGGCGCUGCGCGAGAAGCUGCAGCAGAUGGCCGGGGACAAGGCGGAGAUCCAGGGCCGGCUGGAGCAGCUUGAGGGCAAGAUCCGGCAGGUGCUGCAGGGGCGGCCCUCGGAGAACCAGAGCGCCAAGGAGCUGGGCACGCUGCAAUCCCUAAUGGAUGCUCAGAACGCGAGGAUCGAGGAGCUUUUGCAGAAGGUCAAACAGCAGCAGUACAAACUGGACAAGCAGAACCUGCAGAUUAAAAGCCUGCAGAGCAAAGUCAAUCUGUUGAUUCCUCUGCAUCUUAAGGACAACAAAACUCAGAGUCUAAAGUGGAGGAUAAAGCUGAAGAAAAGCAUCAGACAUACCAACCAAAGCCAAAAUGCCAGUGUGGAACCUGCACAGCCACAGAAGCUCCAGCUGGACUGCCAGCAGCUCUUCCUGGCAGGGGAGAGAAGCAGUGGUGUGUUUCAGAUCCAGCCCUUGGGAUCUCAGCCUUUCAAAGUCUACUGUGAUAUGACUGCUGAAGGUGGCUGGACGGUGAUCCAGAGGCGUCUGGAUGGCUCCGUGGACUUCGACCAGCUUUGGGAAGCCUACAGGAAUGGCUUUGGAGACCUUAGCAGUGAUUUCUGGUUGGGCCUGGAGAAAAUAUACCACAUUGUCCAAGAGGGAAGGUACAAUCUCUCAAUUGAGCUGCAAGACUGGGAAGGAAACUCUCAGCUUAUUCAGUUCCUCUUUAGCCUGGGUGGAGAGAACACAGCUUACACACUCAGUCUCCUCGGACCUGUGUCAGGAGAACUGGAAAAUGCCCUUGGGGACUUCAGACAGCUGCCCUUCUCCACUCGAGAUCAGGACAACGAUUUCAAAGCUGACACUAACUGUGCCAAGCACCUGUCAGGAGGCUGGUGGUUUAGCACUUGCGGCCAUGCCAACCUCAACGGAAAGUACUUCCGCUCCAUCCCCCGCCAGCGGCAUGAGCGGAAACAGGGCAUCUUCUGGAAGACAUGGAAGGGGAGGUAUUACCCACUGAAAUCUACCACCCUGAAAAUCCGACCCGCAGAGCUGGAAACAGAAUCCUAACCUAGCUGCCACUUGAAAGACUCAAAGGAAUGCAGAUUUGCAGCUCCAUCACUUGGUGUUUACAAAAACCAGAAACGCAACCCUCACAAUGGUAGUUCAGAGGGGAACCUUUCCUCACAUUAGGAGCUGUUUAGCUGGCAGAGUCUAGCACGGAGCAAUGCAGCAGCAGGCUCUUCCUGUAGGUAUAACCACUUAGUGUUACUGGGGUCCAAUGAACUCAAAGGAUGGGAGCUCCCAGAAUGGGCAAGUAGCCCUGAACAGGGUCACUGUGGAAUGCACAAGCUGGGGGAGCAGUCACAGACCAGCUCUGCUGCUGCCCAAGUCAGUGAUGUACAAAGCUUUGUCCUAAGUCUUGGUUGAUCAGUUACCUUUGCUGUUAAAGCCACUGUGCUUUCAAGGGGCUUGCUUGGUCCCAGCACUGAAGCUGGGGAAAGGUGAGGUGAAUGGGGUCCUCUUACAUCAUAGAUAGAACAGCUGCAUUCUGGGCCCAUGUGCCACUUUAAUCCUCUCCUCUCACUGAGAUUCCCACCUGGCUCAUGGGGGCUUUGUGAGCCUCCUCCAAGAGGCUGCUGAUACUGUUGGGCUUUUCUUCUCAGAGCCCAGCAGGGAGCUAGCCUAGGUUUGGAGCCGCAGUAUGGUGCUGCUGCCAAAAACCCACCCCAUUCCUCCCAGACCCUCCUCAUCUACCCCACCUCCAGCCAUGGCUGGUCAGUUACACAGCAGCAGCAAUAGAGGCAGCAGCAAAUGUAACUCAUGUCUGCCACUUUGUUUCUCAUGACUCCUGCCCAGCUG